AUGUUGGAUAGCACCCUUCUGGAGCAGGAUAUUGAUCAAGAGCUUCUUCUUAAUGAGGCUGAAGAAACUUAUUUACCGGAAGAUUCACAAAACCUCACUCAAGCAUCAAGUUUUGGUGCAGGUUCACGUUAUCCACUAGAUGGAAAAGAAUUCAUGCGAAAGGAUGGGCCGAUCAAUGAACAGUAUGUUGUCCCAGAUGCUGAUCUCAUCAUCUUAGAGCGGCAGGAUGUUCGCUUCUACUAUGUCUACCGUUUACGAAAUCCACAUCCACACAUUGCACUCAAUGAAAUCAUGCCCGAUGCAUCCAAAUAUGUAAACGAGACCUGGGUAUACAUUGUCGACACUUCACCAAAGGAACAAAAGAAGAGAUUUGAAUUUGAAGAGACAUUGUCAAUUCCAAUUGGACCUGACUCAUUAAUGGAUAAACUUGGAUGUCUUGAAUGUCUGUAUACUGGAUGGAUCAAAGCAUUUGAUGACUUACAGGCGGAUCUGAUUGGCCCAGAAGAAGAAGCUACUCUUGAUCCACCAACUUGCGAUGAAAAUGGAGUAUUGAGAGGGGGAACAUGGUUUGAAAGGACUGGUGCAGUUGGAAUCAAUGGAACCCGUUGCUAUCCCAUGGCAUCUACGACCCAACAUUCCCAUGCAAUGUGGAGUCCCCACUGGUUUGGAAAAAUUUUGGAGUUUAUGGAUGAACAACUUAAGUUCAGAAAGAGAUUUAUCAAGUUACACAGUGAAAUUGGAGCUCUUGCAAUGAAAAUUUGCCUUCCAAAUCACAUACAAGAGCUGUACCAACGCUACACAUCUACUUCCAACAUUCCGAGACUGGGAGUUGAAGAUAAUUGUUAUUUUCAAGCCUUACAGUUGAACAUUUCGCCUGCAAUACCUUGGGAGAAACAUUUUGACACUGCCUUGGUGGGCAUGGGGAUCUUUGGACAAAUGCAGGGCCACCGUGAUGAUGGAGAUGAUCCAGGAGGAUAUACCUGCAUGAUGUCGAACACUAACGUUCCAGAAACAGGUGGAACAGAAAUGGGAAGAUUCUUUGUACUAAACAACUUUCUCUAUGUCAAGAUGGCUUGCUUUUAUUUGGGCAUAUUCAAUGGGCUCUACAGACACGGGGGUACUCCAAUUAUCCUGGGACCUGGCAUUGAGUUGAAGAAGAAUCUAUAUAGAAUCAAUGCUGUUCUGUACUCACCCCGUUUCAUGCUUUCCGGAGCUGGUCAAUACUCAAUCGGGUUCGCCAAGGUGAUGUCAUUGCUAAAACUGACAAAAUCUAGCUCCAAUAAAGGGGAGAUAACAAGGGAAGCCAACUUUGUUUGGGACGGUUUGGUCCUUAUGGAGAAUAAAUCAUUAUUCAACUUUGUGGUGUGGGGCCUGCUCCAAAUAUCUGCCUAUAUUGUUCGUCAGCUUCCAUCAUCAAUGGGGGUACGAAUAGACCAGGCGAAAUUUACAUCUUCAUUCACCAUGAAAGAUACUACAAAAACUAUCCCUGCUGAACCUUGGCCUGAAGCACCAGACAGUUCAGUCUCUGAUCCUGUUUUACCUGGGGAGGUUGACGAGGACCAGAUGGAUCCAUCUGUCAAAGCUGCAUAUAUCCGCAAAAAGAUCCACAUGGAUUGGAUUGACCACAAGGCCAACAUGGCCAAGUUUAUACCAUCCCAGUAUGGCCAUGUCAAGGACUACACAGAUAUGACUUUCCUGUUUGCAUAUAUCUCAGGAAAGAGGAUGGGAAAAUGUUCCUGCGGUGAUGAAAGGCCAAAACAUGUGGGUGGGGGCUCCAGUAAGAAAAACAAGAAUGAGGGUCAAAACCGAGAGUGGGAGCUACAACGUAUUGGUGCAAGGCUAGCAAGAAAAAAACAAAUUGAUGGGAUCACAAUUGACAGCAUGAGUCUAUUGCAUCAACAUCUUCAUCAAGACAGUCAAGAUGGGAAUGAAGAUCAAGAUGAUCAGAUGGAUUUGGACUCACCUAAAGCAAAUGCAUCUUUUGCUGAUUAUAAUGAUGAUGAGUUAGAGGAUGAAGAACCCUGGGAUCUAGAAUAUGAAGGGUCUGGGGUUGAUGAGGAGGAGGCCUUGGAUAAUGAAGACCCCUUGGAUGAUGAAGAACCCUCUCAAGAUAAGUACACAUACAAUAGUGAAGGAGAAAGUAACACCAUCUACUGA